UGUCCAUGCUUUGCCUCUCAUCUGCUCUUCCGCUUUGGUAACGUUCUGGAUGUACCUACGCCCCAAAAUUGCCUGCCCGUUUUGCGCCAGCCGUCUUCUCCACCCCCCAUGCCAUGCCCAGCCCAGGUCCAAGUUCUGCAGUACGGUCUUGAUGUACCUUAGGGAGCUUGGGUCCCAGGGUCUUCAGUCCCAUGUCGUGUUGAAGGCAUGCCUCUUCCGUGUUGGGUUUCUUUUCUACUCCUGCAGAAUACAAAACAACAGUCUCCUGGCCUUCCAGGUUGUUUGCUCUCGUUCCAUCCCCAUGCUAUUGUCUGUGCCGACCUAAUACACCUUGCUUGCGUCAGGAGAAGUACACUAGCCUCUCGAGAAGUCACUCUGUCACGACUCACUAGCCCAGCCUCACCAACACUUCAACUCGGGAGUUUGCCUGAGCCCGAGCUCUUUGCCUUCGUCGGGACAAGAUAUAAGACGCCCUCUCAUCCGGCUUCACCUCGACCUCUUAGUUCAUCAUCUCAUCAGCCUUGUCUUCUAUCCCUUGCGAGCCUCUUUCUUUCUAGCCUUGCCAGUGUCUCAGAACACUCUUCACUUCAACCAACCCGCUCUGGAAGCUUCAAAAAUUUGUACAACUCUUCAACUUUUCACCGUUCAGCUUUCUUCGGCACCUUCAGCAUCCAGUUGCCGCAUAAUCGCCCUUCUCAACCUCCUCAACACCCAAUACACACUAUCAAGCUCAACAUGAUUUCCGCAACCGCAUUUGCCUUUGCGGCCCUGGUGGCAAUGACAUCCGCCCUACCAGCAGUCCCCUGCGCAACACCGACUCUCCCAGUCAACCCAAGUGGUAAGUCUUUGGCAUCCGCCCUCCCAGGUUCUUGGCGCUGGACGAUAUACCGCCGGAGGGCCUCUUACUAACACGAGCCUGUAUAGGAACCCAGCUUAGCGCCCCGGAUGCAGGCCUGGUCUUGAAGAAGAUCGCAAUCGGCCACGGAAUCCAGAACUACACCUGCACGGACAGCGCGCCAGCUACUACAGCAUCGGCCAUUGGGGCGCUCGCCAUUCUCUAUGAUGUCACGUCGUUGUUUCCUGGGACGCUCAGAACGGGUCUUAGCAACGCCACCUGGAACGACUUUCCGAAAAAUCUCCUUUACGGAAAGCCUGUCCCGCUCAACCUCAUCAACCCAAAUACCGGCUACGGCGCGACCGCAAGCCCGUUCCCGAGAGCGGCCGACUUGACUCUCGGAAACAUCCGUGCCAGUUUCUUGGGCCACCACUACUUUGACCAGUUUGGUUCUCCCACAUUCGAGCUUCUCACGGUCAAUCUCAAGGCCAGUGUCA